AUGCACCAUAGAACACCGUCGUUGAGCCGACGACGCGGAAGCACAAGAAUUUAUUGUUUAGUAAGGGACUCUCAGGCAUCAUCAGAGGAUACCGAUGAGGAUAGAAAAGAUGAUGAGGAAGCAGCGGAGGAGUACGAUGUGGUUCAUGUAUUUGGUCAGUGGUUAGCCAUUCAAGCUUUUUUAAGAGGUUCAUCAGUUGUAGUUUCAAUAACCACAAGUACAAACAAAAUCUUGAUUGUUGAAGCUGCAAUUGUUGUUACAGCAGCUAGAGGAAGAACAUUAUUCUAUGCUACUCCCUUUAAGGUACUAUCUAAUCAGAAGUUCAGGACAUUUGGUGAAGACAAUGUUGGUCUUUUGACUGGAGAUUCUGCCAUCAAUAGGGAUGCUCAGGUUGUAAUUAUUCUAUUGAAUAUGAUCAAAUUUCAUAUUGCAAGAAGGUUGUUUGAAGCAUUUCUUGGGAAACAAGAAUGGUUACCCCUAACGUUGAUCCACAACUAUUUCUCCAAUUUUGAAAGGUUUGAUUGGUUUAUCAACAUUCAUGGCGAUAUCAAUCUUACAAAAAGGGAAGUUUCGGUUCUCAAACUCUCGAUUCGUAUUUCACUCUAA